AACAACACAGACACUGUUGAAUUUCUAUUCGACCAAUUGUUGAUAUGCACGAGCAAAUAAAAGCAGCAGGCCGGAGCCGAACGACACACGAGGAGCUUCGUGCCUCGUGUUUGUCGUUUCCUGUUCGUUGUGUGCGUGUAUCCAACGAAGCGCAUUCAGCUCGGUGAGUGUGUGCGUGUGUGUGUGUAGUUGUCGUUGGGCUUGUGUUCUUCGCUAGCAGCCAGCGUUGAGCAUUUAUAAAGUCCAUUGCCGCUUUGAUCUGUCGCUCAGUUGUUGCAUACUUCUCGGGGUGUUCAUUCGACGUGCAGCAUAAAGAAAAGAGACAAUUUAUAAAACAAUUCGAAAAGCUCACAGGGAGCUGCUGCUGGGCAAACUACUGAAACUUUAAAUUUUUACAACUCACCCGCCUAAAAGCACGCAACAAAAAUUGUACGCCAUGUGCAAUCAGAAACUGCUACUGCCACUCCUGUUGUUAACAGUUGCUGCAGUUGCAAGCGGCGCUGAGGCGGAGCCUGAGGAUGCCGACGCUAUGACCAUUAGCCCUGCAACGCCUGGCGCACAGGAAGAGGCAAGAAACAUGGUUAAGCGUACACCGACAUCCAGCUUUAUUGGUAUGCGAGGCAAGAAGGAGCAAGACCCAUCCGCAGAUGCCAAUUGGUUGGGCCCCGAUCCUUUGGAUUAUGGCGAACAAGAUGAGGAAAACUCGUACUAUGAGAACGGAAGAAGGCUCAAGAAGGCUCCAAUGGCCUUCGUUGGCAUGCGCGGCAAGAAGUUUUCGCCGAAUACCAAUCGACUGCGCGAUUUACUGCAGAACAUGGAGGAGCAGCGUCUACGAGAGAGUUUCCUGCAAGAAUUCAUGAACAAUUUGGCGACAGAUGACGGCGACGUGGCCAAGCGAGCACCCACCGGAUUUACUGGCAUGCGUGGCAAGCGUCCGUCCUUAUCCGAAAACGAGGAUGAUGAGGACGAUGCACUGGAGCUGCUGGAAAAACGCGCCCCUGUCAACUCCUUCGUAGGCAUGCGUGGUAAAAAGGAUGUUUCCCAUCAGCACUACAAGCGCGCGGCUCUUUCAGAGUUGUGGCGCCAACUCUCCAAAAAGGCAUACGAUGUGCGCGGCAAGAAGCAGCGAUAUGCGGACUUUAACAGUAAAUUUGUGGCUGUGCGUGGCAAGAAGAGUGCGCUGAGCGAUGCCAAUGGGGCAGCAGAGGAGAAUUUGAUUCAGCCCUGGGUCUAUGUCAUCGAUGGCAAGCGGGCGCCCAGCGGUUUUCUUGGCAUGCGAGGCAAGCGUCCUGCCAUGGUAGAGUAAGCGAACGGGAUGGACAGAACGGAACUGGUGGCACAGAUAGGCGAGCGCUUCCUCAUUUACAUUUGACGAAUGACAGUCGGAAGUUCCUUUUAAACUAGGCAAAUACAAUGUUGUAAAUAAUCGCUGGGCUGGAGAUUAUUUAGAACGUGAGCACACACACACACGCACAACAGACACACACAUUCACACCUCUAUAGACAAGAUUUCCUCUGCAACAUAGGCUUAAUCAUUUUGAUGUAAAGUUAGCAAAAAAAAACUAAAGCUA